AGCAAACCAAGCUAUGGCCGGACGACCGGUAGUCCGUACAUCCACAAGCCGCUUCCUAGCGGUGUUCCAGUACCUAUGUGCUUUUGUGGUGAUCCUUGCAAGGUAGAAAUUUCGGAAGACGAGGAAACCUAUCGGCAGAGGUAUUGGAUGUGUUCGAAUUUUGCCUGGGAGCCUACGCCAAAACAACGCCGCAGUAACUUUAUUACCCCUCCACCAUUGUGUGAUUUUGAGCAGUGGAUCGACACUGAGGUUAAGGAGUCCGACAAGCGGCUUCUACAAGGCCUAAAGGAGUGGGAUGCAGAGCGUGCAGAGAUAUUAGAGAAGAGACGUAGAGAGGAGGCUCAAAAGAGGGAGCACAAGGAAGAGGAGGAAAGAAGACGUGUUGCUGCGGCUCGGGAGGAGAGGGAAAAGAAGCUUGAGCGUGUGCGCCGAGCGAAGGCAGCGAUUGAUGAGAAUCCAGAUGCCCAGAGGAAGGGAAAGUGGCCUCGUUGCACUCAGUAG